AGCUCGCGGACAGGCUGGAAGGCGGGCCCCUCUAGGACUUGUGGGGCGUAAAGUUGGUAUGUACCUGACAGGCAGCGUUUUGACUAUGCUGGGACAUGGUACAGGCGAGGUACAAGGCACAAGCACCAGAUACAAGGGAGGCAGCCAGCGUGCCGCACGCUACGGCUGAGAGAGAUACAAAAAUAAAGUUGCGCAAACCACGAGCGAGGUACCCAGCCCGGGUGGGCCGCAAGUUGCGGUGACGCAGCACAAGCAAAGUGUCCACCGCGAAAAUGAAACACAGCAGCACGACCGGGGCCCCUGUCGUUAAUACCGCUGCCCCUGUCGGGGACGCGAAUUCUGUAGCGACAGACCUGCCACCUGUUCUCGGUCAUGCUCAGCAGCCCGGCGCGGACGCUGCAAAUAGCGGUCGCCUCUGCUCUGCUCUGCUCGGCUGCUCGCACGCACACCGUCCCAUCUGUCAAGGUUCCUGCUUCGGCGAUUGGCGCCGGCGGUUGGGCAUCACUCUGCCCGGUCAGGGUCCCGGUCAGGUCAGGGCACCUCAGGGCACCUACGCCCGCAUCCGGGCAGGGGAUGCCGCGCUGGCCUGAGGGCAGCAGCGACGGAAGCGCCCGCGUCGGUGCGCUCAGCGUCCAGCCUGAAGGGCAGCACUUUACGCGGGUGGGCGCUGACCAAAACGGCGUUCCACAGCGAGCUGAAGACGGCCGGAGCUGGUGGAUGUGGCAAUUUAGCGCCGCCCGCUGGUGCAUGUUCUCUCUACUGCUGUGCCCGCUGCUAGAAGCCUCGUGGAAGGACUUUGGGCGUCGGCGUCGUGAGGCUGGGAAGCGCCGUAUUGUCUCGGCCGCACUCGCUCAGCCUUCUCCCCGACCGGCGAUGCCGACGUCGCAGACACGAGCGCGCAGAACCAGCAACACAGAAGCCAUCGCCAGCAGCUCCGUUGCACUUGCACGGGAUUGCACCAGAGGCAAACGGUUCCUGGCUCUGGACGUGCACGCUGACAAGGGGGAGCGGAACGGGAAUAGCGCCCUGACGCUAUAUCCUAGCAGCCGCUUCGGCCCUCGCGGAGGGUCGGUGCUCGACACCACCACGAAGACGACGGUCGUGACGACGGCGACCUGUCCGCCAGGAACAGGCUGA